GAAACAUGUUGUGCUGUCGCCUUUUAUGUCCACCAGUCUCAGUUCUUCGACUCAAAAGGGCGUGUGGCUCUCAUAGCUAUCCGCAGAGAACGAAAUGAAGCCAUUAGGAAAACACUUGCAACCAGCAAAAGUAAAAUCUCUUAGCGCAACACACAGACACACACACACACUCACGCGCGCGCGUGCACAAUGUCAUCAGCCAUGGCUGCUGGUGCAUCCUCUUCCUGUACAUCGGCUUUCACCAGAAACAACUCUCCCAAAACCCAUUCAACUUACUCUCUCACUCCUCAGUUCAAGAAAACCAGUUUUCAUGGGCUGUCCAUUGAAGACGCCAAAAGGGCUGUCUUCAAUUCAUUAGCUGCUGGGAGUGUCCGCAGCAGUUUUGGGGGCGUGGUUAGCAGAAAAAGGGGCCUUGAGAUCACAGCAAGGGCAGCUGGAGCUGCUAAGAAUAUUGAGGUUGAGGUUGACAAGCCAUUGGGCUUGACUUUGGGCCAAAAGCAAGGUGGUGGUGUAGUAAUCACAGCUGUAGAAAGUGGUGGUAAUGCUGCAAGGGCAGGGCUUAAGUCGGGGGACCAAGUUUUGUACACAAGCAGCUUCUUUGGGGAUGAGUUAUGGCCAGCCGACAAGCUUGGCUUCACAAAAACAGCUAUUCAGGCGAAACCGGAUUCUGUAUACUUUGUCGUCAGCAGAGGAGCUGAAGUGGAUGUCAAAAGGCUACCAAAGCGCCCGGCCCCACCUGCUUUUGGCAGAAAACUAACCGAUGCUCAAAAGGCACGUGCUACUCACAUAUGCCUCGACUGUGGCUACAUAUACAUCCUGCAAAAAUCUUUCGAUGAGCAACCGGAUGACUAUGCCUGCCCACAAUGCCGAGCACCAAAGAAGAGGUUUGCAAGAUACGACGUCAAUACUGGAAAAGCCAUUGGAGGUGGAUUGCCUCCAAUUGGAGUUAUUAUUGGCCUUAUUGCUGGGAUUGGUGGAGUUGCAGCUUUGUUAGUUUAUGGCCUUCAGUAAUAUUUCUAAUUUCAAAAAAAUAAAAAAUAAAAAAAGGAAAAAAAAAUCUUUACAAUCUUUGCUAUCAUUGACGAACAAGUUUAUUGAUGAGAAUUUCUUGUUUUCGCUACAAACGUUGUACAAAAUCUUGUAUAUUUAUUAAUCAUUGUUUUCUCUUUUAACACAAAAGUUGAAGGAUUGAGAAUUUUGUGGCCUCGUGAGUGUAAUUUGUUGGGAAUUUAUAAUAUACUGUCAUUUCGACUUGGCCUAAUUAGAGAGCAACAAUUUCC